UUUUUUUUUCUUCCUCUUGUUUAUUUAUGUCAAUAUGCCUAUUGCUGUACCCUUCUUUACAGGCUAUAAACAAUUUUCAAUUGAAUUGGCAGAACCAGUUGUUUUAUUAAGAGGACCACCGACUGACCCUACAACACAUGUCUUGAGAGGAGAAGUGGAAUUAGUGCUGACCAAGCCAAUGUCAGCCAGUCAAGUGUUGGUCAAACUGGUAGGAAACUCAAAUAUGCUCUGGCCAGAAGGACUUGGUGCUCGUGGUAGCAAAGUGUAUCACGAAAAAACUAUUUUGGAGCAAAACAUCAUUUUAGAUUCUCGGCCUGAAGACAACCCAAUGCUACCUGCUGGUCUACAUCGUUGGCCAUUUGAAUUUUUGAUACCCAGCAGCAUGGUUGAAACAAUAGAAGACGAAAUGGCUCAAGUCUAUUAUUAUGUCUCAGCCACCGUACAGCGUCCAGGCAUAGGCACACCCAACCUACGAUGCCGCCGUAAUAUCCUGUUGCUUCGAACCCUCUCCUGGUCUGAAGAUGUAAUUGCUUCUCAUGCUUUACCAACUACCUCCAUUGUGGCAGAACGAAAGACAGAUGCUUGCGAUGCUACUUUCUAUAUCGAGAAGUCCAUUGUGUCCUCUGGUACACAGUUUCCCAUUUCUAUUGUACUAACAACACAAAUGAAGAAUGUCAGCUUGGAAUCGAUCCAUAUCACAUUAACAGAAAAACGAACCUACCAAGUCCCAGAAUACAAUGCAAGAAGAGCAGAACUUCAUGACUUUAAGCUACAACUUGCUUCUGUAAACAACAUGGCUGAUUCUGACCAAAUGAGACAAGUCAUGAUGUCUGCUUCAGACUUACCUCUUCAUCAAAUACGCCAAUUACUUGCAGCCAAAAAUGCUCAUAUUCCACUAGGCACCACACCUUUUCAGUACAGGUUUUUGUUCACAUUACCCAACUGUCUUACACUGAACCAUACAACUUACUUUAAAGAAAUGAAUUUUUUGCAUUAUUUGAAGAUCGAUAUUGAACUCUCGGUGCCUGCCAGUAGACCCACCUCAUCUUCUUCAGACCAAGCUGUGCAUGGCAUUGAACGUACUCAUAUUCAGCUUGAAACGCCUAUCACGAUUCUCGAUUGCCGUCUUAAAGAGGAUUAUACAACACUCCCCACAUAUCAAGAAGCAUUGUGUGACGAAGCCAUUGAUGUAGAAAAUGAACAAGACGUGUUGGACCAACAAAAAUCAGGUUUCUUUAUGUGCCCUUGCUAUGUGGAUUAUAAGAAGAAGAGCACCAAGUUUAACAAGAAGGAACGUAUGAUGAUACUUCAACAUAGCGGAAUUGAUUCAGGCUCACGACCAUCGUCACUAGCUUCAAGCCGAAAUUCAAGCAUGGAGCGUUUGGCUUUACCUCCUCCUCCUCCUUACGACAAAUAAUUUGCAUUUUUCAUAUGUAUACCAUGUUCACAAUAAAAGCAUUAAGCAUCAUUAUUUUAGAAGAAGUAACCUAUUG